AUGUUUGGAAAACACUCGGCUGGUUCUCACUCAACACCACCUCCUUUCCCCUCUUGCUUACGCCCCAAGCUUUCUGCUGUGCGCUCCCCACGGCGGCGGGAGGCGCCUGCACCUUCCUCGGGGACUCCGAUCGCCGUUGAAUCGAAAUCACCUCGGUGGGGAGGACCUGACCACUCGGAGUUCGCGGGCUUGCGCGCAGGGAUGACUGGGGCCAGGGCUGCCGCGCGCAGGGGUCUGGAGAGCCUCCGGGCGGAGCGACCCCGCGAGACUUGGUCGGCUCCCGGAGUGCCCUGGGGACCGCCGUCUCCAGGGCCCCCGGUAGUGAUCUCGGUAAAGCAGGAGGAGGGGAAGCAGGGGCAGAAAGAGCCACCGAGCCGCUCCUCUUUGAGGUUUUGCCCGCACGCGCGGCUGCCUGCCCACCUUUCUUGGGGCUGAUGCGCUCCCGGAGUGACCGCACUCGCGAUUGUAGAAAAUUCGCUCCCAAUUGUUGAAUGCUUACAUAAACUGCAUAGUUAUCCAUAUUUUCUACUGUUCUCAUA